AUGUCAGAAAAGAAUAAAGAUAGUGACUUACAAGGUUUUGUUAAUUUGCUGGCGGAGAAAGCUCAUAAUGCCAAAUUAGAUAACAAGAAGAAGAAAAAGGGUAUUACUUGGACGUACAAUUCAGACCAUUUUCAUUAUUGUAAUUUGUUCCAUGACGGGUGGGUUGGUCAUGAUUGUGGGUUCAAAUUUUUAUCUGAAGAGGAAAAGGCGACCGUGGCCUUAUAUGCACUCCUAAAUCCAGAGGCAAUGAGAUUUAAAUUGGUAAAAGCGAAAAAACAUUGGGCGACAGAUACGACAGUGGGAACAAAAAACUUGGCUAUCUUCUUCAUGACCAAGCAGGAAAAAAAUAAAGUUCUCGGCUUUUACUAUAAUCCCAUCCAGUUGAAAAAUUCUGGUGAUCUUUGUCUACCUGUAAGGUAUUACAAGGAUUAUACGGAGUGUACUUACGAUGCAAAUAAUGUUCGGCAUCUUUUGGCAGAGAAAAAUAUUGACUUUGUUGAAGUUAUUGGCCAAAAGCCUUCCAGGCGUUAA